AUGGAGGAGGUGACGGAGGGCUACGUGUACGGCGGCGACAACCAGAGCGAGUGCGAGUACGCCGAGUGGGCGCCCUCGCCGGCGCUGCUGCCCGCCAUCUACCUGCUGGUCUUCCUGCUGGGCACGGCGGGCAACGGCCUCGUCCUCUGGACCGUGUUCCGGGGCGGGCGCGAGCGGCGCCGCUCGGCCGACACCUUCAUCGCCAACCUGGCCGCCGCCGACCUGGCCUUCGUGGCCACGCUGCCGCUGUGGGCCGCCUACGCCUGCCUGGGCUACCACUGGCCCUUCGGCACGGCCGCCUGCAAGGUGAGCAGCUACCUGGUCUUCGUCAACAUGUACGCCAGCGUCUUCUGCCUCACGGGCCUCAGCUUCGACCGCUACCUGGCCAUCGUGCGGCCCAUGGCCACGGCCAAGCUGCGCUCGCGCGUCAGCGGGCUGCUGGCCACGGCGGCGCUCUGGGCGCUGGCCGCCCUGCUGGCGCUGCCGGCCAUGGUGCUGCGGCGCGCGGCCGCCCUGCCCGGCGACGCCAAGGUCACCUGCUACAUGGACUACGGCGGCGUGGCGGCGCCGGGCGCCGAGGCCGCCUGGGAGGUGGGCCUGGGGCUCUCCUCCACGGCGCUGGGCUUCGUGGCGCCCUUCGGCGUCAUGCUCACCUGCUACUUCUUCAUCGCCCGCACCGUGGCCAGCCACUUCGGGCCCGAGCGCGGCGAGGGCGGCCCGCGCGAGCGCCGCCGCCUGCUCACCAUCAUCGUGGUGCUCGUGGCCACCUUCGGCGCCUGCUGGCUGCCCUUCCACCUCGUCAAGACGGUCUACGGCCUCAUGGACCUGGAGGUGCUGCCCUGGUCGUGCGCGCUGCACGCCUUCCUGCACAACCUGCACCCCUACUGCACCUGCGUGGCCUACGGCAACAGCUGCCUCAACCCCUUCCUCUACGCCUUCCUGGACCCCCGCUUCCGAAGCCGCUGCCGACACGGUUUUCCCUUGGCUGCCGCGCUCCGCAAGCCGGAGCUGGUGGUGGGAAGCCAGAAGCCGAGUCUGCUCUGGGAUGCGGACGCGCUGCGCUCGUGCCGAGGCAGGGCUUGGCCUUUGGAGGGCUUUGCGAGCACCUAA